UCAAUGCGGGUCUGCGUAUUUAUGUCUGUCUGAGACUGCGCAGAUGCCACCGACGGACGUUUACGGUUGCUUAGUAACCCUUAUCAACUGUGCGGUUGACGCUACUAUGGACAUGCAGGAUCAGUCACCACCGCAGCCGGACGACUCCGUCUCGCAGCCUCACCCUGACCUCAGCAUAGUGGAUGAAAGCCCCCCUGCAGCCACAGACUCGGAAGAUGUUGCUCAGGCAGCUGAACUUUUACACACAUCAGAGGAGAUGGAGGAUCAGGAGCCACGGCCAGAAGAUGAGGAGAAGGAGCUCAUUGUUCUGGACCCUGAGCAUCCCUUGGUCAGAAGACAACAAGCUGAGCUGAACAUCCAGCUCAGAAAACGUCUGGAGAGCCUCAAACAGACACUGAGGGAAAAGCGUGAAAUUGAGAAGGCCAAUGCUAGCCACAUGCAGAGUUUAGGUUUGGAGGUGUACCAGGUUCAGGAGCGGCUGGCCGGACUGCAGAACAAGCUGGAUAACCGUCGUCAGACCAAAACGCAGGCUGAAGCCAAACAGCAGCAGUCUCUGCAGCAGCUGGAGGAGAUGAAGAGCAAGCACUCCAGUAUGGCCAGCAAGCUCUGCAAGGCCAAAGCCAGUGUGUCCCAGCUACAGGUGCAGUUAGACAACUUGACACAGCAGCUCGUCUUCAUCCAGGGAGUCAGCGAAGGUCUGCGCUCCGAAGUCAAAACCACGGAAAAGGCCAGACACAAAGCGAGAGCAGAGAAGACUCAGGCAGAAGACCAGAAAUUAAAGCAGGAUUUAUAUGUGGACCGCCUAACAAAGGAGUUGGACAGGCUGACGCAGCAGAUAGCCAUGUAUGAGGCCCAAACCAGGGCUCAAGCAGAGAAGACCCAGACAGCCAAAGACGCCCUCUCUGAGGUGGAGGUGGUGAUGGAGUCACUGUCGGUGUCCCGCAAACAGCUGUUGCAGCAGUGGGACAGCAGCCUCACGGGGCUGAGGAGACGCGACGAGGCCCUCAGUGCGAAGCAGGAGGCCCUCCGUGAGGCCAAGCACCAGGUGAUCUUACUGGACAAGGAGAUCGACGGCUACAAGAAAUCCAUCACUGCAGAGCAGGAGAAAAAUGAGGUUCUGACCAUGCAGCUGAACUGGGCUCAGACGGACUGCACCACCUCCAGAAAGCUCAUCAGCGAGAAGCAGGCUCAGCGAGAGGCUCUGCAGGCCCGCUACAGCACGUGCCUCCUCACUCUGCAGGAGACAGAGCGGACCCUCGCUACACUCUCACAGGAAUUAGAUUCACACCAGGCUCAAGUGAACGAUCAGAGGAGACAGCUGGAGAAAGAGAGUUCUGUGCGACUGGAGCUGGAAAACAACAUCAUGACCUGCAUGCAACAGAAGCUGCUCCACAACAACGCUGCCAAGCACUCCCAAAGGCUCGCCACCGAGACAGCCACACUCAAGAGAGAGAAGACGUACCAGUUGAAGCAGUUAGAGGAUGAGGUGCUGACGGUGAAGCUGGAGAGCCAGCAGAUCAGCCAACAAGCGGACAGCCUGGGCCUGACUCGGGAGGCCCUCGAUCAGGAGAUCGAGAAGUCCAACAUGAUACUCACAGCCAGUCAGGCAAAGGCCGCUGCAUUCGUUAGACUCAUCGACCAGAAGCAGUUAACAAUCAACAACUACCGCAAGAUGAUUUCUCAAAUAGCUGCCAGCACCGGGCAUGAUGACCUCAGUCCUCAGCAAAUCAAGAUACAGUCAGUAAUAGAUCAGAUUGAGGAGCUGGCAGCAAAUAUAAAGCGUGACCAGCAGCUGUGGAUGAAACAACAGGAGACGCUGAUGGGACUGACUCGAACCUUAGAGGCCAACAGCAGGGAGAUGCUCAAACUGCAGACGGAGUACACGGGACAACAACAGGCGAAAAUCUACAUGGAGAGUAAGAUUGAGUCAGAGCACAGCGAGCAGGCCGAGCUGGAGAAGAACUCGAAGACGAUCAAACACGACCUGCUGAAGCUCAACAAGCUGCUGAGUGAGAAGGGCCAUCUGAGCCAGGCGCUGGAGCAGGAGAACGCCCUGAUGGAGACAGACUUCCUUCACAGACUUAAGGAUGCAGAGAGGGAGGCUGUAAAGAUGCAGAUGAACAUCGAGAAGAUGCAGGAGGAAAAAGAGAAGCUCCUCAACAGUCUGGUGGAGGCUGAGCGGCAGAUCAUGCUGUGGGAAAAGAAGAUGAAGCUUGUGAAAGAGCUUCACUCAGCUGUGGAUGUGGGGCAGGAAGAGAUUCACAGGAUGAAAGCAGAGAUACAUCGUAUGGAGGUGCGACUUAGCCAGCUUAUGAAGCAGCAGGAGCAGCUGCUGAGAGAAAGUGAAGCAACAGUGGUGAGGAGGGAGGCCAUCGUCCUGCGCAAGGAGGCCAUGGCCAAGAAGUCACAACAGGCUACAAAGGCCGAGCUUAGCCUCUCAAUACGAGGCCUACAGCGCAAGAUCCGGGAAACACACAAGCAAGUGGCAGAGUAUAAGCAGGAGAUCGAUGAGCUACAAAAUCAGAAGGAGCGUCUGAGUGACGAGAUUGGGCAGAAGAAGUCGCAGCUCACAGACCUGUGUGGCACCGCUUGCAUCCUCGACUCUGACAUUGUGAAUCUUCAGGACACCAAAGAAAGGAACCUUGCACAUCUGGUUUAUCUGCAGCGUCGGGCCAAGAGGUUGCAGGGAGUGUGUGAGGGCAGCUACCAAGCACUGUCCACCCCUGAGUCAGUGGGAGCCGCCCUGCAGAGCCAGAUGGAGCGCGUGCACGCUGUCCUGCACCGCGAAUGUGAGGCGCUCCCCCAGCAUCAGGAGGCACUGCGCAGGCUAUCACGAGCGCUGGCUGCGCAGGAAGCACCGUGAUGCCAGGGAAAAGACGGGAAGAUAGAUAAAUAAUAAUUUAGAUAAAUAACUAUUAGUUCAUAUUAAUGUGUUUU